AAAAAUGGAGGAAAUAAAAAGAAAACAGGACGUCAACAAAAUAUCGAGAGGAGGGGUGGCACAGUGGUGUAUGACUUCAGACUGAAAUGCGUAUAUUCCUGCUUUGUCUCCAUGGGCAAUCUGCAGCUGUCAUGGCCGGAUUAAAAGAUGCAUGGAGGAGAAUUCCUUCUUAUGUCACGAAUAGUCUGCAAGAUGCCUUCUUUGGAUGAUAAUUAUGCUCAAAGUAGAUACACUAUACACUAACAAUUCAUAGGCUACCAUUCAUCCAUUCAUGUACAUGUAUUAUGGUGUAUCCGCACACGGUGUGUGCUCACAAGUACUUAGGAAUCUGCCAGUGUGUUGAAGAACAUGAUGGACGAAGGAUGAGCAUCAGAUACUAUCCCAAAUAUUAUUAGCAGAUAAUGGCUCGGAGAAAUAUACAGGUUUUAUCUACAAUGUCCCCCAAGCGUCUCUUACUCUAUGUCAUUACAUCUUGGGGUAUCUUAGCAUUCUGCUGGAUCUCCUACCAUUGCCAUUGGAUCAGAGGAUCUUCCAGUGGGAGUGAUCGAUCAAAGGUUCGUCUUGUUAGCAAAGAGGAAUGUACUAGGCUCCUUCAAGAUUACGGAGAUAUUUUGAGGAUAAUGCAAGAGAGGGGAGCACAUGAAAGGGAACAAGAAGGGUAUAAAUCUGAGCUCAAAUUUUGUGUAGACCAACCGGCCUCUUUGAUCCAACCGAAUACCAGGUCUUCAGAAGACGGUGGUCAACAAAAGUUGAUUGACACCAAACUUGUGAUUCGUGAAGCUCUUCCUAGACCUCAUUGUGUUAAACAAGUCCAAAUAUGGGGAACUGAACACCGACAACGUGGAAUCGAGCCCUGUCCAGGACUAGCAUGCGGUAUCAAUUUGGUGAUCGACGCCAAUUAUGAGACAUUAAAAGAUAGUGAUGCCGUCUUGCUCUUACCCAGGACACUCUGGAAUUGGACUAAAAUAUUGAGUCAUAAACGUAAAGGACAAAAAUUGAUAUUUUACUCCCACGAAAGUCCACUAAAUACACAAAAAGGAGUCCUUCCACCCAAAGACUAUAUCAACAGCGCUUAUGAUUACAUAAUGUCAUACCGUUUCAGGGAGUCCCACUUAUAUGCUAGCUUUGCUUACUAUGACACCAGUAAACCAUCGAUUAGUUCAAACGAAACAAGGAAUUGGGCUGCUGGUCGGAAACGACAGGUCGCAUGGUUGUCCUCUAACUGUCAGUCCAUCUAUCUGCAUUGGAAUAGGACUGGGUUUGUCAAAGAGCUAUCCAAAUAUCUUGACGUGGGCAUGUACGGCAAGUGCGGGGAGCAAGGAGCUUGUCCUCCACGUGUAGAUAACUUCUCCGAAACAUGCAAUGGUGUACUACGACAGUUCAAGUUCUAUCUCGCUUUAGAAAACUGCGCUUGUCGAGACUACAUCACCGAAAAACUGUGGAAUAAUGCCUUCAAAAACGACCUAGUCCCUAUUGUGUUUGGACCUCCUCGAGCGGACUACGAGGCAGUCGUUCCACCGGAUUCAUUCAUCCAUGUCGAGGACUUCGAAACGAUCCAAGAUCUUGCGGACUAUGUAACCAUUCUUGAUCAGAAUGACAAUCUCUACAAUAAGUUCUUUGAAUGGAAGAAACAAGGAUCCGUCGAAUUCACAAACGAAUCAUGGCUUUUUAUGCCUCAGAAUAUGUGCCAGGUCGUCAGUAGACUAUUAGAUGACGAAAAAGCAGCAAGAGCGGGAAAGAUCAACAAACCAAUCCUGCCGGAUUGGAAAGAAUGGUGGCCUCAGUCUUGUCGCAACAUUUCAGGGUUUCCCAUCAAGAUUACGUAGGUGACAAACAAUGCAAAUCGUCAAGACGUAAUUUAAAUGGAGUAUCUAAUCGAUUUAUAGGCAUAUUAUCAUGUGGUGAACAGAUAAUAAUUUGUAUGUUUAGAAAUCUGUGAUUAUAAUUCAUUUUUUAAAUAUUACUUUAUUUUCAUUCCAUGUAAUUUCCAAUAAACAGUAUAAUAUAUAUCUAAAUCUAGAAAUUCUGGUUUGAAUGGUUAAGAAGAGUCAUUCACUGAAAACUUAAUGAGGCAUUAUACAAGUUUAUAAUCAUAAUUAUCUUGUUUAUUGUUGCUGUUAUUUGUGCUGUUGUUACCAAACUAGAACUUAUGAAAGACUGCCAAUGUUUAUUAGAAAUGAAUGAAUGUCCUGUAUGUGUUUGCACGUGUGUACGUUGGUGGGGGUGGGAGUGUGUGCAUGUGGGAGCUUUAAGCGAAAUAGAAUACGAGUGGCGAUGGUAACAUUGUGAACCAUAAUUAUCUUUGUCUCAGCUUGGUUUAGUUUUCUUAGUAUAUACUUGUUCACGCAUUUCAUUCAAUCAUUAAUUGCUUCAGUGGUUUGUACAUAAUUUGUAGACUGUUGUUAACACAAAAUGAAAAGUUGUAAAUUUUGUUAUAAUUAUCAACCUUGAGUUUAUGUACUCGGUUUUGGAUUAAAUUUUACUUUGAUAAUAAAACAUGUUGAAGAAAUUGUGUACGUAUGUAUAUUUGAUUUGAUUUAUUGUUUUCUUCUGCAUCCAUAACAUUCGUAUAAUACAUUUUUCAUAACAUAAUAUGCUAGCAUUUUUGGCAUGAAUCAUAAAUAAAGAGUAUUAAAAAGAUAAUUUCAGACAAAAAUGAUUAACUAUAUGAUAUUCACAAUUUGCAGGAGAAGGAUUGUCAUCAUAAACAGAUUGCUUGAAAAAAAUUACAAUCCCAAACUUAUACUAAUUGAAUAAAUUAAUACAUUUAUAAAGCAGAAUGGGCAUACAUUUUCAAAUACGAAACAUGACUUCAUGCAAUAUUAUAGUAUGAAGAUGAAGAUGAUAAAACUGAGGGUGACGGUGAUAUGAUGAUGUUGAUGAUGAUGAUUAUGAUGAAGGCCAUGGAGAUGAUGGUGGUCAUGAUGAAGAUAUUGGUAAUGACUAAAUCGAAGGAGGAAUAAAUUCACGAUAAAAAGGAUAUGACACAGAAAUUUUACUUCAAAUAUUCUGAUAAUAACAUAGAUUUAACGUUUGCCUUAAAUGAGUGAAGAGACGAAGAUUGUUUUACAGGCUCUGGUAGAGAGUUCCACAAAUCUGGACCAUGGUGUCUUAUGGAUCUCUGCGCAAUAAGCAAUUUAGGGUUGAUUAAAUGGAAAUAUGAAGAGUUACGGGUAGGGUAAGAAUGAAUAGAUGUAUUCAGAGUAUAAAAAUUGUGGAAUGAAGGUGGGAGCAUGUUAUUUACGUAAUUAAACAUAAGUAGUAAAUUUUGAAGAGUAUUUAUGUCAAAUACUGUUAGAGUCUUUAGUUUAUGGAAUAAUGGAUUUGUGUGUGAUAAAUAUUGGGAAUCAGUACAGAUUCGAAUUGCUUUUUUCUGUAAUAAGUAUAUUGUAUUAAUUUUAGUUUUUGCACAUGUUGCCCAAACUAUGUUGCAAUAUGAUAUAUAAGACAAUAUUAAUGAAUUGUAGAGUAUGACAAGAGUUGUAUGUGGAAUUAUGUUUUUCAUUUUGUAAAGUAUACCAACGUUUCUAGAAAUACUAGUAGUUAUACAACGUACAUGUUCAUUCCAAUUUAAA